CCUAGUAAAGGACAUGGACGAAGUCUGUCCUGAGAAUGAUGUGAAAAGCUGCCCCCGGGACUCUGGAUACGAUAGCCUGUCCAACAAGCUAAGCAUCCUGGACAAACUCCUCCAUACCCACCCAGUGUGGCUGCAGCUGGGCCUGAGUGAUGCCGAAGCCAUGGAAAUCCUGCAGGCCCAGCCGCCUGGGAUAUUUCUGGUUAGGAAAUCUGCAGGGUUGCAGAAGAAGGUCAUCUCCCUACGUCUGCCUGGUGACUGCGGCCCCUGCCUGAAAGAAUUUGCGAUCAAAGAAAGCACGUACACGUUUUCCUUGGAGGGCUCUGGGAUAAGUUUUGCUGAUUUAUUCAGGCUCGUCGCUUUCUACUGCAUCAGCAGGGACGUCCUUCCAUUCACCCUGAAGCUGCCGCACGCUGUUGCUGUGGCGAAGACAGAGGCAGAACUUGAAGAGAUUGCUCAGAAUGGACUUGCCUUCUGGAGCUCCACGGCUAACAGCAAUCCCCUGGAUCCCUCACCUCCCCGUAGGCCCGCAUCCCUGGACGCUUCUUGCAAUGGCUCCCGCCAGCUCUGCCUUAUAAAUGGAGUGCAUUCCAUCCGCACCAGGACGCCUUCAGAGCUGGAAUGCAGCCAGACCAACGGAGCGCUGUGUUUCAUCAACCCUCUCUUCUUAAAAGUGCACAGCCAGGAUGGCGGGGGGAGCCUAAAAAGGCAGAGUCCCAGAGCUCAAGACGGGCAUGGCACAGCGAGGCCACGCUCCCCCCCGCCGCGGCCGCCACCUCCUUCCAUUAAUAGCAUCCUCGCGAGCCCACAGCUUUCCAGGACUAUAAAGCAGGGGAGCAUGCCGGAAACAGACAGCCAUAGGAAGGAGCAAGGCUUGGAUUUGCUGCAGAGGAAACCAGCCCCUAUUCCGCCCCCUCGGCUGAAGAAGCAGGCUGCCUGCUCAGAGGGGGAAGGUGCCGCGAGGACCACAGCUGGAGUGCGAGCAGGACGUGGCACAGCACCUGUGCCCGCAGCCCUCUGCGUCCCAGCUGAGACGCCGCCUGAGCCAGCUCCGGCAGCUCCCAGAAAGGCUGUGGCUCCAAGCUCUGAGUCACACGUGCCCUGGAAUGGAGGCAGGCAGAGGCUGAGCAACAUGAGCAUUUCCACCUCCUCGUCCGACUCGCUGGACUUGGACCGGAGCAUGCCGCUCUUCAGCUACGAGGGGGACACCACCAGCAGCCUGGAGGACUUGGAGGGGGAAAGCGACCAAGAGAGCAUGGCACCCCCCCUGAAGCCCAAAAAGAAAAGAAACAGCUCCUUUGUCCUCCCCAAGAUUGUGAAAUCUCAGCUGCGGAAAGUCAGUGGCGUUUUCAGUUCCUUCAUGACACCCGAGAAGAGGAUGAUUAAGAAAAUUGCGGAGAUGUCCCAGGACAAGCGUACGUACUUUGGCUGCCUAGUGCAGGACUAUGUCAGCUUCCUCCAGGAAAACAAGGAGUGCCACGUUUCCAGCACCGACAUGCUGCAAACGAUCCGGCAGUUCAUGACCCAGGUCAAGAACUAUCUGUCCCAAAGCUCUGAGCUCAAUCCCCCGAUCGAAUCACUGAUUCCCGAGGACCAAAUAGAUGUCGUCCUGGAGAAGGCCAUGCACAAGUGCAUUCUGAAGCCGCUGAAGGGACACAUCGAAGCAAUGCUAAAGGAGUUUCAUACUGCGGACGGCUCCUGGAAACAGCUGAAGGAAAACCUGCAGCUGGUGCGGCAGAGGACUCCUCAGGAACUGGGCGUCUUUGUCCCAACUCCAGACUUCGUGGAUGUCGAGAAGAUUAAAGUCAAGUUCCUGGCCAUGCAGAAGAUGUAUUCACCCGAAAAGAAAGUCACGUUGCUGCUGAGAGUCUGCAAACUGAUCUAUACUGUGAUGGAGAACAACUCAGGGAGGCUGUAUGGAGCUGACGACUUCUUGCCUGUGCUGACGUACGUGCUGGCCCAGUGUGAUAUGCUGGAGCUGGAUACUGAAAUCGAGUACAUGAUGGAAUUGCUGGACCCAUCUUUGCUGCACGGAGAAGGAGGCUAUUACUUGACGAGCGCUUAUGGAGCACUUUCGCUGAUCAAGAACUUCCAGGAAGAACAAGCUGCCCGCCUGCUCAGCUCUGAAACCAGGGACACUCUCCGGCAGUGGCACAGGAGGAGGACAGCUCACAGGACAAUCCCUUCAGUUGAUGACUUUCAGAACUACCUGCGUGUUGCGUUCCAGGCAGUUCACAGCGGAUGCACGGGAAAGACCCUGCUGGUGAGGCCGUACAUCACCACCGAGGAUGUGUGUCAGCUCUGUGCUGAGAAGUUUAAAGUGGACAACCCUGAGGAAUACAGCCUGUUCCUGUUUGUUGCUGACACCUGGCAGCAGCUGGCGGAGGACACGUACCCCCAGAAAAUUAAGGCUGAGCUGCACAGCCGCCCGCAGCCCCAGGCCUUUCACUUUGUUUACAGGCGCAUUCACAGUGACCCAUAUGGGGCCGUUUUUCAAACUAGUGAUGACUCGGCUUCUUAA